UUCAUUUCAUUCGUUCUUCAUUUGCUUUUGUGUAAAAUUUACGAUGCGUCGAAUCAAAUUUAUAAAUUUAAUCUAAACAAUGAAAUUCCAGUCUAAAUCAUUAAAAUUUUGCAACAGUAGAAAGCUGAUAGUGUGACUUUACAACCAAGAUACAUUUUACAUUAACUGAAGCAGCCUAAUUACAUCAAAUCUGACUCGUAAAUUACAAGUACUCUGCAAUGGAUCAGGACCAGCCCAUGGAGAUGAAGUUUGGAGGCAACAAUGAGGUGGGCGGCCUGGAGCUGUGUAUCGUGUGCGGGGACCGCGCCUCUGGACGACACUAUGGGGCCAUCAGCUGUGAAGGCUGCAAAGGCUUCUUCAAGCGGUCCAUCCGCAAGAAGCUGGGCUACCAGUGCCGCGGGACCAUGAACUGCGAGGUGACCAAGCACCACCGCAACCGCUGCCAGUACUGUCGCUUACAGAAGUGCCUGGCGUGCGGCAUGCGCUCCGACUCGGUCCAGCACGAACGCAAGCCCAUCGUGGACAAGGUGAAGUCUGAGGCGCGGGAGGGGGGCCUGCACGAGCGACAAGCCGCCUACUCCAAGCUGCUGGGGCUGGCGGGGCAGGCGCAAGUGGGACAGAUAAACCCGAAGGAGGAGCCGAGCGACGGCUACGGGCCGGUGUCGCCCGCCGCGCCCGCCAUUAACUUCGCGCUGGCGGCAGCCGUCGCCUUCAAUAAGGGUAACCCUGUCUCCCCCUACUUAAACGCGGGGGCGCCAGCCGACAUGGAGGGCGCGCGGCGGCAACAGAUCAUGCUGCAGACACAACUGGCCAAGAAUCUCUUCAAAAUGGGACAGUUUGGAGCUAUAAACGAGUAUCUGCAGUCAGCCUACGCAGCUACACCGCCUGAUGUGCCGCUCGCCUCGCACCACGCCGCCGCCGAGACUCAACAUGAAGAAGCCCCCUCAUCGAUCUUCUGCGUGCCGCUGACUCUCCAGCUGAAUCUGAACCAGGGCGCGAUGGGAGCGGCGCCGCUCCGCCUCCACGCCCUGUGCGAGGGCGGCGCCCGCCUACUGGCCGCCCUAGCUUCGUGUGCUGCUAGGCUGUGCGCCCCUCAUGAUAUGACGUUCGAAGUGCAAGUGACACUGCUGAAGAAGUGCUGGCCGGAACUGUUCGUACUAGGACUCGCUAAGUAUUCACAGGAGCUGUCCCUACAAACGAUGAUUCCUCUGCUGGUAAACCACCUGCAGACGAUGCUGCGCGAGCGAGCCGUGAAGAAGGAGGAUGAUGAGGACUUGCUGGCCGCUUGCGAUGUCGAGGUGUCCCCAUCAGACUACUCCGACGAGCGAGUCGCCGAGGUCUCGCUCGGGCUGUCCCGGCUCGCCCGGGUGACGUCGGCGCUGCACGACGCGAGACUCACGCGCGCCGAGACGUCGCAUCUGCGCGCGCUGUGCCUGUUCUCACCCGACGGUGCCCCGGAAGCGUUGACCAAGAAGUUGCAAGACAUUCAGAUGAAGGUGCUCCGUUCCUUCAAGGCGAGCUACCAGAACGACGAAGAAGACCGCAUGGCCUCCUUGCUUUUAAAGCUGCCAGUACUGCGCAGUUUCACCGCAACCUUCUUGGAAGAUGUCUUCUUCGUAGGAUUCGUAGGCGACGUGUGCAUAGACGAGGUUAUACCGUAUUUGCUGAACUCUGAACGCUGAUUGGUCGGUGUGUUUUGUUUUUAAUGUCUAUGGAGGGUUUGGAAAGUAUUUUUUUCGGUAUUAGUUUACCGUUUUAUUAACUGUGUUAAAAGCUGUUUUGAUAGAUAAUGAGGCUGUUUGAAGGUGUUUUGAAGAUUAUAAAGGUGCACGACAGAUAUUUUUUAAAUAUUAAGUAUUAAUACGUAAAUAUUGGACUAAUUUUGAUGAUUAUUUAUCGCAUCGUUAAAGUUACACUUAUAAAUGAUUAAUUAACGUUUGACGGAUCCGUAAAUAAUGCAAGAAUAUAAUUAUCAGAGUAUAAUAUUCUCUGAAAAACAUAAGUUUUAUAAUAAUAUGUUAUUUGAUGAAAAUAAAACAUAUUUUUACUGUAUUAGAAAUUCAGAGGCUUUCUACAUUGUGGUGCUUAAAAAUAUUGUGGUUAUUAAAAAAAACAAUGGUGUUUUAAGUAAAUAAACUAUUUUAUUAAAAUAUAAAUAAAAUAUAAAUUAUGAGUAGGUAGCAUAUUAAAAGAAUAAAUUGUGCAAUUUCACUGAUUUUGAGACAAAAUUUCCAUUUGGUUAAUCAAUUUUAGUUUCUUAUUAUAAUAAUUUAGAUCUCUAACAAUUAGGUUUAGGUACUUCUUAAUUUCGUCCAGUGUAGUUAUAGUUUAACUAAAAUAAGCUUUAAUUCUAUUUUGAAUAAUUUAAGGACAUUAUUGUUCUCUUAACUUAUGUGCCUUUCGCGAAACCUACAUAAUAUACUGAUAAGAUCAUGUAA